AUGACGCGAUGGUACGAUGGUGAAACACGAUGGUACGAUGAUGAAUACGCGAUGCAGCAAACCAGUAGUAGCAGUAACAGGAGAAACAAUAGCAAAAGCAGUCACAGUAUAAGCAGUAACAGUAGUAGCAGUAACAGUAUUAGCAAUAACGGUAGUAGCAGUAACAAAAACAGUAGUAGCAGUAGUAGCAGAAACAGUUGUAGCAGUAGCAGUAACAGUAGAAGCAAUAGAAGCAAAAGCAGUAACAGUAGUAGCAGUAACAGUAGUAGCAAUAGCAGUAGUAGCACUAAAAGUAGUAGCAGUUACAGCUGUCACAGUAGUAGCAGUAAAGUAGUAGCAGUAACAGUAGUAGCAGUAACAGUAACAGUAGAAACAGAAGCAGUAGUAUCAGUAACAGUAGUAGCAGUAGAAGCAGUAACAGCACUAGCAGUAAAGGAAAGUAACAGUAGAAGCAGUAGCAGUAGUACCAGUAGCAGUAGCAGUAACAGAAGAGCAAGUAGUAGUAGUAGUAGCAGUCACAGUAGAAGCAGUAACAGUAACAGUAGUAGCAGCAGCAAUAGUAGUAACAGUAAUAGUAGAAGCAGUAACAGUAACAGUAACAGUAGUAGCAAUAAAAUUAAAAGCAGAAGCAGUAACAGUAGAAGCAGCAGUAGCAGCAGUAGUAGCAAUAACAGAAGUAGCAGUAACAAAAACAAUAGCAGCAGCAGUACUAGUAGCUGCAGUAUCAGGAGAAACAGUAGCAGUUGUACCAGUAGCAGAAGCAGUCACAGUAGUAGCAGUAACAGUAGAAGCAGUAACUGUAUUAGCAGUAACAGUAGAAGCAGUAGCAGUAACAGCAGUAGCAGUAACAUUAGAAGCAGAAGCAGUCACAGUAGUAGCAGUAGCAGUAACAGCAGUAGCAGUAGCAGUAACAUUAGAAGCAGAAGCAGUCACAUUAGUAGCAGUAGCAGUAACAGCAGUAGCAGUAGUACAGUAGUAGUAACAGAAGAAGCAGUAGCAGUAACAGAAGUAGCAGUAGCAGUAACAGAAGUAGCAGUAGCUGUACCAGUAGUAGCAGUAGCAGCAGUAGCAAUAGCAGUAGUAGCAGUAACAGUAGUAGCAAUAACAGUAGUAGCAGUAACAGUAGUAGCAGUAGGAGUAUCAGAAGUAGCAGUAACAGUAGUAGUAACAGAAGUAGCAGUUACAGUAGUAGCAGUAGCAGAAACAGUAGUAGCAGUAGCAGCAGUAGUUACAGUAUUAGCAGUAGCAGUAACAGUAGUAGCAGUAACAGUAACAGUAACAGUAGUAGCAAUAAAAUUAAAAGCAGAAGCAGUAACAGUAGAAGCAGUAGCAGUAACAGUAGAAGCAGUAACAAUAGUAGCAGUCGCAGAAGUAGCAGUAACAGUAGUAGCAGUAACAGUAGAAGCAGCAGUAGCAGUAACAGUAGAAGCAGCAGUAGCAGUUACAGUAGUAGCAGUAGCAGUAACAGUAGUAGCAGUAGCAGUCACAGUAGUAGCAGUAACAGUAGUAGCUGUAAAAGUAGUGGAAGUGGCAGUAACAGUGGUAGCAGCAGUAGCAGUGGCA